GCUCAUUCCGGUGGUGAGAGUUCAUCGGCCACUGUCAUGCUGCUUCUGCCACUCUUGUUGUUUUUUCCUUCUUUGUUAGGAUUGUUGUUUGCCACACAAAACAGCGCUCUCUAUCGAUAUCCAACAGGCCAUGCUUCGUUUGGUAAAUUCAAGUGCGACCCUUUCUAUUUCUUAUUGGAAGAGAAACUUACAUCGUCCAUGGUGGAAGAUAAGUUGGACUGCACUUUCCUUUGUGUCGGUGAACCAAAGUGCUAUUCGUUCAACAUAGCAGUGUAUCCUGACUCCAAAGGUCUUUAUCUGUGCGAGUUAUUGGCCACAGACAAGUACAGAGAGGCUAAAAAGGUUCAUGCAAAUGCUACCUUCCAUCACUGCAGUCCAUUGGUAAGAUCUCUUCAUAUAUCUGGUGCUUAACACUCUUCGUAUUUCUUUAAAUACAAACUGAAUGAUUCAAGGAAUGUUUCCUUUGUUUCUAGUCUCAAUGUGAGAGCGCUCUUUGUAAGAACGGAGGUGUCUGUGUUCCUGAAUAUGAAAGGAACUCAUAUCACUGUGACUGUAGAGCAGGAUUCUACGGAACUCACUGCGAAAGGGGAGGUAUUUAAUCUGUCCUACUUUCUGUUGCAUGAAGAAAAAUUGAAAAAAAAACUCAUACUGUUAUUUUCAAUCAUCUGUUAUAAAUUGAUGGUUUACCUAUGUUCAACCUUGUGCUAUAAAAUUAAAUGCAUUCGAAUCAGUCUUUUGUCUUGCCUUCCCUAUAAACAUACCUUAAUUGGUUUUUCCUUUAAAGUGCCUAUGACGAUAAUUUUUUUUUUUUUGCAGAAGUAUUUAGCUUAUCAUAUGUUCAAACCAAUUCCGAUAAAAAAAAAAAUUUCAAAUAACUUCAAACUCGGUUUUUUGGGCCUUAAAGUGCUCUUAUUUUGUUUUAAAAGUGUCCCGUGGACUGGUAACAAAUUAGCGAGUUAUGACGUAGAAAACUGUGAAAGCUCUCAGUGGACACUUGCAAAUCUCUCACUUUUCUUGUAAUUUUGUAUCAGUCAGCGUUGAAAAACUGUCCGAUAGCGAUGUAUACCUACCUUCACCAAGCUCUACCGAGAGUUGAUACAUCGUACCCAAUUAGUAAAGAAAAAAUUGGAAGUUGCGAGAACGGUUCGGCCCUACGAAGGAGAACCAUGUGCAUCAAAUGAAGAUUUAGACGAAGACUGACAAAAUGGUUUCUCGCCUGCGGUGUUUAGGUCAAGACGAGAACGAAAAAACUCCCGAUACUGAAUGUUUAGUUGUUGCGUUUGGCGCUUUGUUUUCAACGGCGAAAUCCAUUUUAAAAAUGGGUAGCUGUGUCCGUUUCGGUCGUCUUAAAAUUUUAUUCCUUCGCUCUAAGUGCAGCGAAGGUUCUCCUUGCUCAGUGCUCCAGUGUUUCGUUGCUGUAGAGUAAUUCCCUUAGCAAACCAAAAGCUAACUUUUGACGAAAGAAUCAGCUUUACCAUGAGGAACGAUGACUUUUCGCCGAGAAGUCAUCGAGCAGUUUCACUGCAAGUUGCUUCUUUCCUCAGAGAUUGCAAAGGAAGAGGUUAUCGUCGUCGAGCCGAUCAAAAGGGAAAUAGUGAGUUUAUAUAGAUUCGAGUCAAUCUCAAAUAAGGGUUUUAAUAGAGAAAAACUCAUCUAGUUUAAGCGCAGCAUUGCCAUAUGACCCAUUUCGCUCAAUGGCAAAUAACUGACAUCAGUGUUGUAAAUAUAUAUUUCGUAUGCAUCGACUUUCGUACAGCACUUGGAUUCGCUACCAUCCAAUUCAUUAAUAUUUGUGUUUAUUUAUUUAUCUCGUUGGAAACCAAGGUUAAGAGAAUACACAGCCCUUUCGAGCUUGUGUUUAUACCAGUAUCCACGCCAGAGGUUUCUCACUGCUCAGGCAACAGGAUAUCGGUCAGCUCAGGAAAGGGCUUGAACUUGCUUACAAAUAAUGUAUUUCUGUAAUUAAAAUACGAUGAAAAUACAAUUAGUAGGAUUUUCCUACGAUUAGAAAAGCGUAAAUGUAGUCAUGUGGAAAGAAAAGGAGUAUGAGUACAUCUCAAGCACGUGAAAUGAAAAAACAAUAAGGAGCUUACCAUUCUUUGCUUGCAGCCGAAAAGAAUGUUGAACAAUCGUGUGCGGUGUGGGAACAGGCAUUCUUUUUAGCUAAAUUCAUUGGUUAUCUUCCCCUGAUUUAACAAGUGGUAUGUGUUCGUAACAGCCAUUUUCGAAGCCGGUACGAUGCAUAAGGCCGACGACAUUGAAGAGUAAAAUCUCCUCGAUGUCGACGAUCGAGGAGCGUCCAUUUUGGCCAUACAGCUACAUCCUUUGGAAAUUAGUGUAUAGAAAUACCCGGUAUAUGUGUAUUAUUCUUGUAGCAAACAUCUUUUAGCGCUCCGGCCACGCAAUGCGUUCGUCCUUUCUUCUAGAUUUCUCCUUUCUUUACAAUAAUUGCCGACGUGUCUUCACAGUUUUCUACGUAACGGCUAUGUAACGUGAUCGUUUUGGCCGCGCGCUUAAUGAGAACACUUUUUGGCCGACAAAUCGUAAUUUCAAAGCGCAAAAAAAUUGUCAAGGAGAACUUGCUAGGCGCAAAGGUCGAUUAUUUAUACUUUAUACUUCUAAAUUUCUUGUGUUCUUUGUUGCUUUGUUAUUUGUUUUUUAGGAAAACGAACUUGCAGUGACAUCAAGAACUGCAAUCCUGAAGCUAAAAGUGGCUCUUAUGUCAUCGACCCUGAUGGAGAGGGUGGAGUGACACCAUUUAAAGUCUUCUGUGACAUGACUGACAAGGACGGGAUAGGAGUGACAGUUAUCAGUCACGACAGUGAAAGUAGAACUCUGGUGGAUGGGUAUGAUGGCUAUGGUAGUUAUUCGCGCAAUGUUACUUAUAAUGAAACCAGUCUAAUUCAGCUAGCAAGCUUAGCAGCUUCAUCUGCUCACUGUGAGCAGUUUAUUGGAUAUGAGUGCUAUCAUUCAAGGCUCCUUCUCAAUGGUAACAUGUUCGGCUGGUGGGUAUCACGUAAUGACGAGAAGAUGAAGUACUGGGGUGGAGUCAACUCUGUUCCAUUCAAAUGUGCAUGCGGUUUGAAUAACACGUGCGCGGACACCAAUUACGGCUGCAACUGUGAUAAGAAUGAUGAAAAUUGGCGAGAAGACAGCGGUUUACUAACGGACAAGUCCAAGCUUCCCGUGAUUCAAAUGAGGUUUGGAGAUACUGGUGUCAUUGGUGGCACUGAAAAAGGAUAUCACACGCUUGGAAAACUGGAGUGUUAUGGACUCAUCUAGAAUUCCCAUUUAAAAGACAACUUGAACAUUGUAUUCCCUAAGUUAGACCUGAAUAAAACGGAGGUCUAUGAUAGUUAAGAGAAAUUUAAUGAAUGGUAAUUUGAUUGUAAUGUAGUGAGAAAAAUGGAGAAAUUCAUAAAAGUAUUUUCAAAAAAUUGUUACCGAAUGUCAUACUCAGUGUUAGACUGCUCAAGUGUUUUGGACUCAUUUAAGACUCAAAUACAGGUCAUUAACUUUAAGUAGUUGCUAUAGUGAUACUUGUAUAUCAAAACUCAUUUGUUUUUGUUUAACAUUGCCCUUUUACCGCGUUUGAGAAUUCCAAGAGACGUGAAAGCUGUUGCCUGCGGUGAAAAAUCUGCCAUCAUUUUACAAAACUCAUACAUGCUUCUAAUUCGUUGGGAUACAUCUUUGAUGUAAUUUGAUGAAGACACAAUUUGUUAACCAAAGCAAAAGGGAGACGACCAAGCUGGAAGUUAGUCUGCCAAGGAAAUCUUAAACAAAAGAUUCUAAAGACGUCAAGUUGCAAACUUUCACCCCUAUUUGAAUCCAAUAAAUACGCUCAAUUUGAAAAUGACUGUAAGUCUUAUAUUA